GGUAACAACAGCUAAUCAUAUGCUAGAGACAGCUUUGUUUAUAUUCCAUUGUUUUGGAAGCUUGAACAUCAACCACUAAGAACCAAGCAUUUAAAGAGCCUGUCAUCGGUGUUAUUGCACGAAUAGUGUGAACAAUUCAGGGGUUUAGACUCGUUUUGUUGUUACCCUUCAUCGCUAGAAGUUGUGCUACAAGUGCAACAACAGGAACCGCAGAAAUGGUUAAUCACGCGCUUUUUUGGAGGCUGGUUUUGUUGGCUUGCAUUACUAGAUCUGUUGAAGCUGUGAGCAUUGCCCAACCUUAUCCCAACAACAUUGUCGCAAUCAGUGAAUCAGCGGUUAAUGUCACCUGCAUCUUUGUCGGAGACAAUGAUCAGCCUCCCCUCAGGGUGAUAUUUCAGAGAAGAAAGGAACGUGGAAUGGAGUGGUUUGAUAUUCAGGACUCGGAGAGAGUGUUCCAGACAAACAAGACACGAGGCAACAGAUCAAGCGCUACGCUGCACUUCACGAACAUUACUGUACAAGAUGAUCACGAGAAAGGAUCUUACCAAUGCAUCGGAUAUUCCGCGACAGGAGGACGUCCAGACAGUCAGAGAUUCGACGUACGAGUCACAGCAAGAGAAGACCUACCAGUGGCUCGUGUUAUUCCAAAUGUGACAGUAUCAUAUGGAGACAGCGUAAGACUUUACUGCAAUCUGACCCACAAGAAUAACGAGAGGACCACACCCAUAGACAAGGUUACAUACCUACGAGGCAAUAACCCGGUGAAAAUAACCAACGACGUCACACAGGCGUUGAUCUUCAAUUCUGUCAGGGUCAGCGAUGGAGGGAACUACGUAUGUAGGAUCCGGGUGCUGCUUCAUUCACUUGUCCCUUAUGACGUCACCUCGUCUCCAGGCUAUCUUCACAUUCGCGUCCGAUUUCCAAUCAAGGAAACUAAACUUGUUGCUGUCAUAGGAGACAGUGUUGCCUUAGUUUGCAGCGCUGACGGUUACCCCUUGGACAUUGAAUGGAAGAAAAACGAGCCGGGAUCUACUGCUGUCAUCAAGUCCGAUGGUCGUAUCAUACUACAGGGUGAAUGCAGUUUCUGUGAUUCAAUCCUUGUAAUCCAGAACGCAACCACAGAGGAUUCUGGGAACUACUCGUGCAAUGCACGUGACGGGCCUGGACAACAGUAUUUUCUUGUUACAGUGAACUCGAAUUCCACUUCGAUUUCUGCUAUUGUCACUCCUCGCUUUGUGACAACCAUUUUGCCAGCAUUCGGCUUGUGGACUUGGUGGCCUUCAAUAUGGCAAUGAAGAUCGAAAGAACAUCACUAACACACGCAGUAUUUCUAAACCGCAAGCAUCUUUAUACAAAUUACAUUUGCCUUUAUAGAGCGUUUUCACUCACGUGGCCAGCACCCGUGCAAAUUUAUUGGAACAAAAGUGUCAACAUAAGACUCCCACAGGAUUGGUUUCCUACACCAACAUGGCCGCCGUUUCAUGCUGCCGUGACGUCAUGUGGAAAUGCUCUAUAGCUUUGUUACUUAUUACUGUGCAUUAGCACAGAGAAGGAACAGAAUUAGUUGCAAUGUUUUUGAACUGCAUAUGAUACAGAAAGAUGCAGAAAUUAUUUUUAAUUUUUUGCUGUCGAUUUCAGAGCAUUAGAGGACAAGGUUAAAAUUAUUGUCAGCUUAGAAUUCAAAACACGUCAUCACUCGGAUUUCAUUCUCAGAGGACCUUACCAGAGUGACUACCAUAUUAGCAAUUUUUUUAAGUUUCCAUUUUUCCAAGUUUUCCAUUUAGUUUCUGUGGAACUUUAAGUUACACUCCCCACAAUCAGACUUAGGUAACGCUAUUUUACAAAGCGUAAAUUUCCCCAUUACACGAUACAGAUAGAUUACAAUUAUUGGACGAGAUUGAACAAAAUAUUGAUUGAACAAAAUUUGAGUUGCGAGCAGAUUAGUUGUCUGCCGAAGCCUUCGGCAAAUAAUUGAUCCACGUGACACUGACAAAUCACGAUAUUUUGCGAUAACCGAGUUCAAUAAUUGUUUUAUUAUUUGAUCUCACCGUAUGUUUUCAUUUAAACUCUCUGACAGCUCAUGGAAGUGAUCGGCCAUUUUUCACACAAAAGUGCGUUACAACUACGCACGAGCAGAUUAUUAUUUGCAGCAAAACACAUUUAUAUGGUCCGGUAUAACGCAUGAGUAGAACAUUAUUUGUAGGAAGUUGUUUGCAGGUCACGUGGUGGGCUCUCGGCCAAUGAAAAGGAAGAAAAAAUGCAUCGAAUGAUAAUUUUGUUUAUUAUAAAAGUAAUCGGGGUGAGCUUUGAUUCUGCUUUUGUUCCUCAAAAAGGUGAACGCAGUAGAUCCCAUUCUGAGAUAAACUUGAGAGUAAAGACAAUUUUAAAUAAGAAUAGAGAAGUUGGUUUAAUUGUAAUAUCAAAUGUUUUGCUAACAUAUUGAUGAGAAACAACUCAAAAAGAUUCCUGCAACCGGAGACAAUAUUACCUGACUCGUCGUUUAAUUAUGUAAUAAAAUGGCUUCUACAUAUU